CUCCGCAGGAGAGGUAAGGGGCUUAGGCAGUGGUCCAAACCUCCGCUGCGAGCUCUGGGCUCUGGGCUCUGGGUGUGGGUCUUAGAUUCCAGGCGGGUGUCCUAGGCUCCGACCUAGAGAUCUAGACUUUAUUUGGGGAAUCCUGGGCUCGGCUACAGCUCCUAGGCUGGGGCCUGGAAACCUGAACUUAACCCGUGGAUGUUGGGCUGGGCUGCCGGUCCUGGGCUCAGGCUUGGAAAUCUUGGGCUCCCGCCGGGUGUCCUAAGCUGUGGCUAGGGAUCUUGGACUCAGGGACCAGGUGCCGCGACCAGAGGCGGUUCUGUGGGCCACUUGGCGCCGCGCCCUGGAAACGUGAGGUCCGGGCCGAAGCAGCCACCUGGGAAAUGUGGGAAGGAACAGGCAGUGCCGCACCGCACCGUGCACAGCACUCCUGCAGUCCUUUGCUGAGUCAAAGCCCCCGGGACUCCACACUGAGGAUAAGCCACUGAGUUAACAUUCUCUGAAGCUCACUCCAGCACGACUUGUGCUAUCUUUUCUUUUUGCAAGAGCUUCUGCUGGCGUGACUGAACUCUGAACGUUAGCUAGAGCCAUGGAAACCAAAGGAGGAACUGUGAAAGCUGCUUCAGGAUUCAAUGCAACUGAAGAUGCCCAGGUCCUGAGGAAGGCCAUGAAAGGUCUGGGUACUGACGAAGAUGCCAUUAUCGGAGUCUUAGCCUGCCGGAACACUGCCCAACGCCAGGAAAUCAGGACGGCCUACAAGAGCACCAUUGGCAGGGACCUGCUUGAGGACUUGAAGUCGGAGCUGAGCAGCAACUUCGAGCAGGUGAUCCUGGGCAUGAUGACGCCCACAGUGCUGUAUGACGUGCAGGAGCUCCGGAGGGCUAUGAAGGGAGCUGGCACGGACGAGGGCUGUCUGAUUGAGAUCCUGGCCUCUCGCAACCCUGAGGAGAUCCGUCGCAUCAACCAGACAUACCAGCAGCAAUAUGGAAGGAGCCUUGAAGAGGACAUCUGCUCUGACACAUCCUUCAUGUUCCAGCGAGUACUGGUGUCCCUGACAGCGGGUGGCAGGGAUGAAGGAAAUUACCUCGAUGAUGCGCUCGUGAAGCAGGAUGCCCAGGAUCUGUAUGAGGCUGGAGAGAAGAGAUGGGGGACGGAUGAAGUGAAGUUCCUAAGCAUUCUCUGUUCCCGGAACCGGAACCACCUGCUCCAUGUGUUUGAUGAAUACAAACGGAUCUCACAGAAGGACAUUGAACAGAGCAUUAAGUCUGAGACAUCUGGAAGCUUUGAAGAUGCUCUGCUGGCUAUAGUGAAGUGCAUGAGGAAUAAACCUGCCUAUUUUGCUGAAAGGCUUUAUAAAUCCAUGAAGGGCUUAGGCACUGACGACAGCACCCUCAUCAGAGUGAUGGUGUCUCGAGCAGAGAUUGACAUGCUGGACAUCCGGGCAAACUUCAAGAGGCUCUACGGGAAGUCUUUGUACUCUUUUAUCAAGGGCGACACUUCUGGAGACUACAGGAAGGUUCUGCUCAUUCUCUGUGGAGGAGAUGAUUAAAAGCAAGGUGCAGGACGGAAGGCUUCUUAACACUGAUUUUGUUUUUAACUUCAUUUUUCUGCACUGCUAUUAACAUUAUCUCAAAUGCUUAUUUCCAAUUAAAACGCCUCCAGUUGCCUCCUAGGAUCCAGACUGUUAUUAUCGUCUAUAAUUAGUCAUUUUGAUGCCUUAAACUUGUACUUUCAAAGCUUUUAAGACAUACGUGGAGAUUUAGAAUUAGAAAUUAAAAUGUGCUCCAUGUCUUUAUCAGAUUAUUUCCUCGUUUGUGUUUUGUAGAGAUUUGAAUGCACUAAAUCCUUCUAGAUUUUCUUUUUUUGGUACGAACAGAACAGAAGAGAAGCCAUUUUCUUCCCUGGGAAGUCAGUCAUUUCUUUAUGUGGGACCAUCAGCGUCUCUUACUGAGAUUAGCCAUCUGGUCUCCUAUUUUACACAGAUCCAAAGUUCUCAUGAGCCCCCUUUCUUUGGCUUUGCCUGUCAUGUUAGCUGACAGUUGCUGAGCCUGGUAGGGGCAGGCUUCAUCUCAUUGUACCCUGCCACCAUUUUCUACUCGUGAGGUGUAACAAAGUAACCAGCACAUCAAACAAGUUCAAUUUCAAGCGUGGCUAGGCAGACCACGUGUGUUUGUCAGUCAUGCUGAACAUUCCUCAGUUUUAGGGUUACUACCCUAAUCUUGCUCAAGUGAUGGUCAAGAGUGGACUCGGCCAAGGUUGUCCUGGUAAUGAGAUGCUCUGGGUGUGGCUUGCCUAAGAAGAGUUUUUUUCUGCUAAAAAUAGUUCAUCUCUCUGAACCGUUUAUUUGAUCCCCACUGUGCCCUUUUGAUCUUAUUCAGAAACUGUGCUUGCAUGUAAUCCUCAAGUUUGGUUUGUAUACAACAUGAGACAUUUUUAAUUAAAAAUGGUGGCUUUAACCAA